AUGCCUAUCCCGACUCCACAAGCCGACCGAUUGGCGGAUCUCUUCAGUCUCAAAAGCAAGGUUGUUGUGGUCAAUGGUUUUUCGGGGUCCUAUGGCAUCGGCCUUGAAGCCGCCCGUGGCUGUGCCGAGAUGGGCGCCUCCAUCGCUAUUACAUAUUUUUCUCAGGAAGAGGAGGCGAACAAGGCUGCUUCACAGUUACAAAAGGACUUCAAUGUCAGAUGUAUUGCCUACUUCUGCGACAUUUGUGACUAUGGCUCAGUUCAGAAAUUAGUCCAAACCAUGAUCGCCGACUUCGGCCAUAUUGAUGGAUUUAUCGCAAAUGCGGGGCAGGCGACCUCUUCCGGGGAUCUUGAUGGAGGGAUUGAGGACUGGAAGAAUAUUAUUGAGGUUGAUUUGAACGGUCCUUACUACUGCGCUAAAGCUGUCGAGCCGCACUUCAAGGAACGGGGGAUGGGAUCCUUCAUCUUCACAUCUUCCAUGUCGGGCCAGAUCGCGAACUACCCGCAAGAGCAAACGUCUUAUAACGUUGCCAAAGCCGGAUGCAUACAUUUUGCUAAAUCUCUUGCAAAUGAAUGGCGAGACUUCGCUAGAGUCAAUUCCGUCUCUCCUGGGUAA